CCCACUUUUAUUUUUCAUCACAGAUUUUUUCAACAGCACAUGGUCUCUAGGCAGGGCCCGGGGUGGGGGUUUGAUAACCACCACAACCCCUCAGGGGAGUGGCUAGGCCAGAGCUUCCGCCCGGCCUACGUCCCGUGAGCCCAAGGAGGCGCUGGCCGUGGUGCUCGCCCGAGGCCUUGGCGGUGACUCCACAGCGCCUCUCCGCGGCUUGGCGCGAUUUUCUUCAUCCGUUCCUUCCCCUUCCAGUGGCUGAAUGGUUCGUUCUUCACGGCCUCCUCCCCGCCGUCCUCCUGAUUGUUGGUUCGCUCCUCCCCGCGUUGUUGAUGCGGAACUGGCCGGGCUUGCUUGAGGCUGAGCGGAGUUGCGUGAACGAGGGGAGGACGCGGCCUCCUUUUGACAGAUUGGUGACACAUUUUCUUCUUUAGGACAGUAAUCAGAAGCCGGUUGGACCAAUGAAUGAGAAAUGCACUGAGAUGACAUAGUGAAGGAAGCGAGACCAUGGUGCAGAAGAAGAGAAGCUGUUCGCGUUUACUUGAUUACCUUGUAAUUAUUGGAGCCAGGCAACCAAGCAGUGAUAGUGUGGCACAAACGCCUGAAUUACUGCGCCGGUACCCUCUUGAAGACCAUACUGAUUUCCCACUUCCUCCUGAUGUAGUGUUCUUCUGUCAGCCAGAGGGAUGUUUAAGUGUCCGACAGAAACGCAUGAGCUUGCGAGAUGAUACUUCCUUUGUCUUCGCUCUGACAGAUAAAGAUACAGGAAUCACCCGCUAUGGCAUAUGUGUCAAUUUCUACCGCUCCUUCCAGAAGCGUGUGUCCAAGGAAAAGGGAGAAGGCAGUGGUGGACACCGUGUCCGAGAUGGGCAGAAAGCACCUAAAUCUGGAGAUAUGUCUUUUACCCAAGAAGAGAAGGGUAAUGAGAGUUCAGAGAGUGGCAGUUCCCUGCAGCCACCAAACACAGAGUCUGCCCAAGAUGUAAAUCGAUCACCACGGAGUAAACAUUCAGCAAAAUGCACCCACCGCUCUCGUAACAGCACCCUGACCUCACUGUGCAUCAUUAGCCACUAUCCUUUUUUCUCUACCUUCCGUGAAUGUUUGUAUACCCUGAAGAGGCUGGUGGAUUGCUGCAGUGAGAGACUCUUGGGGAAGAAACUGGCGAUCCCUCGAGGUGUACAGAGGGACACAAUGUGGCGGAUUUUCACAGGCUCCCUUCUGGUGGAAGAGAAAUCCAGUGCAUUGCUACAUGAUUUACGUGAAAUUGAGGCCUGGAUUUACCGAUUACUUCGCUCCCCUGUGCCUGUUGCUGGCCAGAAGCGUGUGGAUGUGGAGGUUUUACCACAUGAAUUGCAACCAGCCUUGACAUUUGCCCUUCCUGACCCAUCCCGCUUCUCUCUGGUGGAUUUCCCUUUGCAUCUGCCCUUGGAGCUGUUGGGUGUGGAUGCAUGUUUGCAGGUGCUGUCCUGUAUUCUCCUGGAACACAAGGUGGUGUUGCAGUCCCGGGACUAUAAUGCUCUCUCCAUGUCUGUGAUGGCAUUUGUGGCCAUGAUCUAUCCACUGGAGUACAUGUUCCCAGUGAUUCCUCUCCUUCCUACCUGCAUGGCUUCUGCAGAACAGCUACUUCUGGCCCCAACACCCUAUAUCAUUGGAGUUCCAGCUAGUUUUUUUCUUUAUAAACUAGACUUUAAAAUGCCAGAUGAUGUAUGGCUAGUUGAUUUGGACACCAAUAAGGUGAUUGUUCCUACAAAUGCUGAACUACUGCCAGCUUUGCCAGAACCUGAAGCAUCAGAAUUGAAGAAGCACCUGAAACAGUGUCUGGUUAGCAUGACUGCAAUCACUCAGCAACAGCUGCUCACGCCUGACAAAAAGGCUCUGGCCAGCAUGAGUUUGAAUACCCAGCCUAUUCUUAACCUAGAGAAGUUUCAUGAAAGUCAGGAGAUGCCACUACUUAUGGGAAGGCCUCAGAAUGACCUGCAGUCCACACCGUCUACAGAAUUCAACCCCCUGAUCUAUGGCAAUGAUGUAGAUUCAGUUGAUGUGGCCACUAGGGUUGCCAUGGUGAGAUUCUUCAAUUCACCAAAUGUUCUGCAAGGAUUCCAGAUGCAUACCCGUACACUUCGCCUCUUUCCCCGGCCAGUGGUUGCAUUUCAGGCCAAUUCUUUCCUUGCCUCUCGACCAAAGCAGACAGCCUUUGCAGAAAAAUUGUCCAAGACCCAGGCAGUGGAAUAUUUUGGAGAAUGGUCACUCAAUCCCACAAAUUAUGCUUUCCAGAGAAUUCACAACAACAUGUUUGACCCAGCUCUGAUUGGUGACAAGCCAAAGUGGUAUGCUCAUCAACUGCAACCAAUUCAUUACCGUGUCUAUGACAGCAAUUCUCAGCUGGCUGAAGCACUGAGUGUCCCAGUAGAGAGAGAAACAGAUUCUGAUCCUACUGAUGAUAGUGGCAGUGACAGUGUGGACUAUGAUGACUCCAGUUCUUCAUAUUCAUCCCUCGGUGACUUUGUUAGUGAAAUGAUGAAAUGUGACAUCAAUGGUGAUACUCCAAAUGUGGAUCCACUAACUCAUGCAGCUUUGGGUGAUGCUAGUGAAGUGGAAUUUGAUGACAUCCAGGGGUAUUCGGGUGAUAUGGAUGAACAGGCCCUGGACAGUGAGAAUUCCCAAGACAACAACCAGCCUCGAUCAAGUUCAAGCACUACAGCUAGUAGUAGCCCCAGCACUGUCAUCCAUGGGGUGAAUCAUGAAUCAGCUGACUCAGCAGAGAUGGAAGAGAAGAUGGUAGCUGGAUUUUCAAAUCACCUGCCCGCUUUGCCUUUACAACCAAACUUUCCAAAGAUGAGUUUGGAUCGUCGUGAAUGUGAGAGUCCUUCAAACAGUUUGAACUGCAGUGAAGGAAUGAUGAAGAAGCGAGAGUAUGAUAACCCAUACUUUGAACCGCAGUAUGGGUUUCCAGCAGAGGAAGAGGAGGAUGAACAGGAAGAAAGUUAUACACCAAAGUUCAAUCAGAACCUCAGUGGCAGCCGGCCCUCGAAGCCCCUGCGUCCCAACAGUCUAAAGCUUGGAAAUGACUCUGAUGUGGAAUCGGAUUCCCAUGCAAGUUCCCCAAAUUCUACGAUCUCUAACAACAGCAGUGAAGGUUUUGGGGGCAUUAUGUCAUUUGCCAGUAGCCUAUACAAGAACCACAGCACAAGCUUUAGUCUGUCUAAUUUAGCACUUCCAACCAAAGCUGGGAGAGACAAAAACACUCCAUUUCCCAGCCUGAAAGAUUACUUUAAUCUGGAAGUGGGAAGGGAUGUGGAUGAAGGAAACAGACGUGCACUUGUUGAUCAGAAGUCAUCUGUUAUAAAACACAGCCCAACAGUGAAAAGGGAGUCUCCUUCACCACAGGGACGAACCAGUAAUUCCAGUGAAAAUCAGCAGUUCUUGAAAGAAGUGGUACACAAUGUCUUAGAUGGGCAAGGAGUUGGUUGGUUUCACAUGAAGAGAGUCCGUCGUCUCCUAGAGAGUGAACAACUCCGUGUAUUUGUAUUAAGCAAACUUAAUCGCACCAUACAGUCAGAGGAGGAUGUGCGACAGGAUGUGGUUCAGGAUGUGGAGAUAAACCGCAAGGUCUAUAAAGGGAUGCUGGAUUUGCUGAAAUGCACUGUAUCAAGCCUUGAACAGUCAUAUGCAAAUGCAGGACUUGGGGGCAUGGCUAGUGUAUUUGGCCUGCUGGAGAUAGCUCAUACUCACUACUACAACAAAGAGCCAGAAAAAAGAAAAAGAAGCCCAACAGAUGGAGCAAUCACUCCGGUUGGCAAGGACCCUAUUUUAGCCAUGAGGGUGGAAUCGAAGCCCAAGGUGCACCUGCCAGUACCCCAGCUCAUGCCACGGGCCCCAAACCCUGCAGGGAAAGGGCCCAGGGAGUUUGACACAAGGAGUCUAAAAGAGGAAAAUUUUGUAGCUUCUAUUGAAUUGUGGAACACGCACCAGGAAGUGACAAAGCAAAAAGCUUUGGAAAAACUGAGGUCAGAAGGUAUGAAGCACUUCUUUGAUCUGGGGGAGACAGAUGAGAAGAAAUCCCAGAUCAGUGCAGACAGUGCCGUAAGCUUAACGUCUAGCUCCCAGAAGAGUGAUCUUGAUUCUGUGACAAGCGUUGGACCUGCUGUUAUGAUCCGAAGCACCAGCCAAGAUUCUGAAGUUAGCACAGUGGUGAGCAACAGCUCUGGAGAAACACUAGGAGCAGAUAGUGAUUUGAGCAGCAACGCAGGUGAUGGACUUGGAGGAGAGAGCAGUGGAAACCUUACAGGGUCACGGGGCACUGUAUCAGACAGUGAAAUUGAGACAAAUUCUGCUACUAGCUCUAUCUUUGGUAAAUCUCAUAGUUUAAAGCAGACAAUGAAAGAUAAUUUGAAGCAGACAGUGAAAGAUAAUAAAGGUAGCAGUCCUGCGAGAGCUCCAGAAGAUGCAAGCCAGCGAGUUUAUCUCUGUGAAGGGCUUCUAGGGAGGGAUAAAGGAUCUGUCUGGGACCAGUUAGAGGAUGCUGCCAUGGAAACCUUCUCUAUGAGUAAAGAGCGCUCAACAUUAUGGGACCAGAUGCAGUUCUGGGAAGAUGCUUUUCUGGAUGCUGUGAUGUUGGAGAGAGAAGGGAUGGGAAUGGACCAGGGGCCUCAAGAGAUGAUUGAUAGGUAUUUAUCUCUGGGAGAACAUGACCGAAAGCGUUUAGAGGAUGAUGAAGACCGCUUAUUGGCUACAUUGCUUCACAAUAUGAUAGCGUACAUGCUUAUGAUGAAGGUGCAAAAGAAUGAUAUUAGGAAAAAGGUGCGCCGUUUAAUGGGAAAAUCUCACAUCGGUCUGGUAUAUAGUCAAGAAAUAAAUGAAAUGCUCGACAGCCUUGCUAAUACAAAUGGCAGGGAACUCUCAAUCCGACCCAGUGGCAGUAGGCACAUCAAGAAGCAAACGUUUGUAGUACAUGCUGGGACAGAUACAACAGGGGAUAUCUUUUUCAUGGAGGUUUGUGAUGAUUGCAUUGUGCUAAGGAGCAACAUUGGCACCGUGUAUGAACGCUGGUGGUAUGAAAAGCUCAUCAAUAUGACAUAUUGUCCCAAGACAAAAGUGCUUUGUCUUUGGAGGAGGAAUGGACAAGAGACACAGCUAAAUAAGUUCUACACCAAGAAGUGCCGGGAAUUAUAUUAUUGUGUAAAAGACAGCAUGGAGCGAGCGGCUGCAAGACAGCAAAGCAUAAAACCAGGUCCUGAAUUAGGUGGGGAAUUCCCUGUGCAGGAUAUGAAAACUGGUGAAGGAGGGCUUCUUCAAGUCACACUAGAAGGAAUUAACCUGAAAUUCAUGCAUAGUCAGGAGCGGAAGGUUUUCAUAGAGCUGAAUCACAUUAAAAAGUGCAAUACAGUGCGUGGAGUCUUUGUCCUGGAAGAAUUUGUUCCUGAAACUAAAGAAGUGGUGAUCCACAAGUACAAGACACCAAUGGCUCAUGAGAUCUGCUACUCCGUGUUGUGUCUCUUCUCUUAUGUGGCUGCUGUUCGUGGGAAAGAAGCAGAAAACAAAACAAAACCACCCCGUCCAGUCUCCAGUUGAUCCACAACAUUAUCAGGAAAACGUAUUGGCAUGUGAUACUCCCAUUUCUGUUGCAGGACCUCAUAUAACAAUUCCUAAUGCAAACUUGUUUGCUUGUAUGACCCUGCAGAUCCCCUUCAUAAAAAUCAGAUGUAACUAUUCGGUCCUGUGCUAAAGCUGUUCUUCCACAGCAUUUCACAAUAUCAAUGCCCCUUCUACCAACCUAUGGCCAGAUCUUGUCAGGCAUUCAGGAUUUGCUUUCUACAAAAUUGGCUUACAUUAAUUUCAGCCCUUUUUGUUUGCAAUGAAACUGUUUAUAUUUUUUUACACUCCAGACUCUUGCUUUCAGGUUUUCUUUUAUGAGCACAGUAGCUUGGAUCAUGUAUUGCUGCUGAGGUGCUCAGUUUUUCUAUUUUUAGCUUUCUUGCUUUCCCUAAGCAUGCUGAUCAACAGGAAAUUGCUUCCGCUUGGUCCAUUUUGUCCUUGAGCUUCUCCAGUCCAUUCUUCAGAAAAAUGUUUUUCUGAGAGUGGAAGCAGAACUAUAGUGAGUCAUUGUGUCUUCUGAGAAAUGGCUGAAAUCAUGAUGCAAAGGGAUAGACAACCCUCUCAAGACUGGCAUGCACGUACUGUAUAUAAUCUUUAAAACAAGAGACUACUGUUUUGUUAACAUUCCAGUUGUUCAGUUCAGUAAUACAUAUUCAUAGUGAUAGAAACAAGUCUUCAUGGUAAGUGGUAUAGAAUAAAAUGAGGAAAGGCAAAAACAAACAAGGCCACCAGGAUGUGGUGGUUCAUUAAAACAUGCCAUGCUCAUACAAAGCAUAAUAUCCACAGCACAGUCUAAUUCUGUUGUACAUUGUCAUAAAUACAUUUGGUUAUGAAAAUGGUUGUGAGGAUGUAAAGAUUUGUCAAUAGCACUGUAUUAUCCUUGUUCCAGGUCUCUUUUUUAGUUUGCUUCUGUCAAACUGUACAUGUAUAUCAAAGAGUUUUGCAAAAACCGUGUUACUGUGCAAUGAAGCCUCCCUGUCAGGUACAGUAUCCAUUUGGCUCUUUGUUUUUAAGCUGACUGAGAAACUAGCAUUUUCAGGUGUCUUAUUUUCUACCAACUGUACUGGACCCUAAUAUAAAAUGCACCAGAAUACUUGAAGGAGAGGCUGUGCAUCAUGUAAUAAAAUUCUAAAAUAUCUAACUAUUCUCACUCAAGUUGGAAUAGCAAAUGAAUUGACAAACAUUUUUGGCAACAGGCCUUCAGAAAUAAUUCGGCUUGUUCCCCAUAACUUGGUCUGUGUGGCUGUUGAAUGAACUGCUCUAUGAAAUGGGGGGUGGGGGAAGAGAUGUAAAUAUUUCAGUACCACAUCUAUUUAUAGAAAAGUGUACAGUUGUCUGAAUGUGAAAAUAAACUAUCAUCUAACCACUA